AUGUGUACUACUCACAUAUUACCAAAUGAUGCUCGUGCGAGAAGACUUUUUGUAACGACUGGUGCUCUAAAACGAAUACAAGAAAUUGAUACGGUGCCGGGCACAUCACUGAAAGAGUAUAUUAAUAUCAUAAACAGUUGCUUCCCUGAGGAAAUAGUAAGGUUCUAUACUCCAGGAUAUUCAGAUUCAUUACUUGAUAGAGUUGAAGCUUUCACGCCGCAGAUACCAGAAUUAUUUACAGAUCGGGUUCCUAGUGAUUGCCAAAGCGAAUUAACAGUAGAAAAUGCAAAAUAA